AUGGGCAACUCGCCUUCUUCGGUGGCACAGCCGCCGAUUCUGGAAAGCGAACUGACAACACCGUCUUUGCAGCGUCAUUCUCACCCUUGCGAAGACAGCUGUGCCUAUCUCGUAGCAGCUCCUCGCUCCCAGGGUACACAUGUUCCUGACUCGUACACGUUGGAUGUAUCGUCAGACGCCACACUUUGCUGCAGCCGGACACCGCGUUCUGGGUCUGUUUCCUUCGUAUCCAGGGAGGAGGCUCUGGUGAAGGCGCGCUACUACAAGGAGCGGAAUCCUGAACUAGCUAAACAGGCUUACCUCUUUGCUCUAGGCCUCCAGCCUGCCAACUUCCCUGGAAAGCUGCGAAAUGCCGAAGGAUUUAACGAAGGCGGAAGCUGCGGCUGCUCGUUUGUGCGGUGCAACAUUCCCCAGCCUGUCGGUUCAUGCGGGACUUCUGACCAGUUUAGUCACUCCACGGUUCAUGAGUGUGGGAAUGAAGAGCCCAUGCAGAAAAUGCGCAGUGCAGAGUUUGCGUCAACCGCCUUCACCAGCGGCAACGUAUCUCGCCUGCACACGGACGACCUCGAUGAGCUCGUGGUGAACAACCCGGCGGCCAAAAGGCUACACAUAGGCGGCAUCUCCGCCUACACAACAGGAAAGGAAGGAAUUUGUCAGCUUGAUGACAGCGACUUUAGGGCUGAGAUCCAUGCGGAACUUGCACAGCUGUACCUCAGUUGCGGGGAGCCUCGCAAAGCCAUGGAGUGCUACCAAUGCGCAGCGAUGCUCGCGCCGCAUCAAUUGGCUUACGCAUACAGAAGAGGAGUUGUUCUUCACCAGGUUGGUGAGCGCGAUAGGGCAAUAUCUUGCUUCCGAGAGGUCCUUCAGAACGACUCUACUUACAAACCCGCUAUUUUCAACUUGGGUGUUUGUCUGGCUGAGGACCCAGCAACACGUUCAGAGGCUCUGGGGACAUUCCAGCACUUGCUUUCUAUUGACCCGAACAAUGAAAAUGUCCUGGAUAUUAUCGCCGACAUCCACGAGCAAGAGGGGCGCGUGGCAGAAGCCUAUGCCGUGAAGCAGCGCGUUGUCACACUUGACCCUUCAAACUUCCGAGCAGGGAGAGACCUGGCGAGGCUGGAGUCGACUCUUCUGGAUCGUGGAGGUAUUCCUGGGUAUGUUACGCUGAACUAA